UCAAAAUGGUGGUCAAGUGUCAUCAAAAAAGAAAUGCAAAACCCGAUAAUUUUGUUUACCUGUGUUGGGGUUCUGGAACGAUUGUGAGUGCAUCAUAAAAUACACGGCAAGCAGCUUGUAAAUACUUCUGUGUACCAGGGGCAGCUGUUCUUGGGCUGAAUCUGUGCUCAUCACCAGCUAACGCAAACUGUUCGAGCUGCUUCUAACCGUGCAUUAGGCUUACCAGAGUGCAUCGCUUCAGCCUUCGUGUGAUGUCGUGAAAUGCUUCAAGAAGAAAAUCACGGACGUGCACAUUGUAAAGUGUGUCAUCAGUGUUGUGCAGAACGAAACAUUCACAAACGCCGCGUGUCCAGUGCUGCAGAUCGGAUGCGAAAAUUUUCCCGCCUCAGCGUUCUCCGCGCACGUCGGAUAACUUCCGCGUUAUAGCCGUGUUGAUUGUCACCACACGCUGAAAACAAGAAAUUGUGGAUUAGUGACAGCCCCCACCAUGUCGUUCAGCGAAUCGAACUUAGCGAAGAAGUUCACGACGCUGGCAAACACUCAGGAUAGCGUUCAAACGCUAUCACUGUGGCUUAUCCAUCAUAAGGCUCACCACCGAAAAAUCGUGGAGACGUGGACAAAGGUGUUGAAGAAAUCGAAAGCGGGGCAUCGUUUGACCAUGCUGUACCUCGCCAACGACGUGCUUCAGAACGGGAAGCGCAAAGGCAUUCAGCAGUUUGUGGACUCCUUCGGUGAUGCGCUUCCGAGUGUCAUCGCCUUUUUCAAAGACGAGAAGAUUAUAAAGCAAGUGGACAGGGUUUUCACGAUAUGGAGCGAGAGGAACGUCUAUUCGACGGAAUUUGCAAGUCAGCUGAAGGAUGACUUACAUGGCACAAGCAAUGCCAAGAGCACGCAUGCAUCCAGCAACGAUGAACCGGAAAAAUCCAAAGAGCCGAGUAAAAAGACUAAGCAGCCGAAGCUGAGCUCCAGUGCAGAUGGAGCGAAGCUCAAGCAACCUGACAUCGACAAAAUCAUUUUGGAAUUCAAGCCACAAAAAGUGAUAGAGAAGAUAAAGAAGAUGAAGAAAGUAGAAAAUGAAACCACUAAUAAGCUGGCUGCAUUAACUAGUCGUAACAUGGAUGCGUCCAGUUCUGAGGUGCUCAGGAAGUUUAAGGAUCGGAGCCACGGUCAGCAGUUUCAGAAAGACUUCGAUGAAGCCACCAAGUGUUUGGAAGAGUAUAUACAGGCCCUGGAAAAGGAAGUCGAAGAUCGAGCGGAGAUCGUCGAGCUCCUCGGAGAGGCCAAAGUGUAUUACGACAACCAGCACGGUGAAGCACGUAUCGUCGCAACGGCAUACAAGAAUUUUGGAAAUCGUGUGAAAAGCCUAAAGAAAAAGCUGGAGGCACGUGUCAAGACACUUCCCAGUCCUGUGCCAUCACCAACUCCCGAUGCCCCAUCCCCAACAAAUUCAGAUGACGGUCUUCAGUUGCCUCCAGUGCAGGACAUUGGAGAAUUUGGAGACUUAGGAGGAGGCACGACAAUGAUGGAACAUAACGACACCCCUAAUUCAGCUCCUUCCCCCGAAGGAUCGCCUGUGGGACUCAGCCCAGUUGUUCCAGGUGCAGCUGCCGCACCCACUGGUGCAAGUUCCGGUUCAACAGAUCCGCUCAGCAGCUUCAUGUCACAGAGUCCCUCUGUGCUGUCUUCUUGGCUGGACGCAUUCAACCAGGAAUUUCAAGAUGGCCGCCUGAACGACGAGCCGCCCGUGCUUACCCCUGCAGCGCCAGCUCCGAGCACCUUGGAGAGCAGGUUGUCCACGCUCAUGCAGAACUUUGGAAACAUACCGGGAGGGCUUUUCUCUACGAGUUCCGCCAGCAACACUCCAAAGCGUGCCGACUCUCCUCCAUACGGCUCGAGCACGGCGCGGCCGGCCGCUGCUAGCAUCGCGGCCCUGGUGUCAGAGCUGCGCAGUGCGGAGACCCCGCAGAAGGACGAGAGCAGUGGCCAGGGCACUCCGGUGCUCGACGAGAACUCUUUCCUCAACAAGCAGGGCCUGUCCAGGCAGCGACUGGACGCUGCGCCGCCCAUCAGCGUGAACCCGCACGCCGAUGUCGACCUGCGGCAGAAGCCCAUGAAGGGAGACACCGACAUGCGUAUCCCGUUGAACGAGAGCCACGAAUCGAAGACCGCCGCGAGUACGUCCGGCUCCGACGUACCCCCUUCCCCCGUGCCGGUGUUGGUGCCUCCCCCCCUCCCCCCAGCUCUACAGGCAUAUCUGGAGCCGAUCCGAACUGUGACGUCGUCCGGACCGAGUGCAACAACGCCCUCGUCGAAGGUAGUGCCGUCCCCUCCGGCGCCGUCGGCAGACUACCUCAUCCCCGUUGCGGAAAAUUUCGACGUCACCGACAUGGACUUGGACGACGAUUCUGUUGACAACGAUCACGGUGAGGCUCAUCACUUGCCUCAAAAAAAGUCCAGCAACCUCAUAACGCUCGUGCACUCCGAAGAGUCGAACGGUACGCCGGGUCAGUCGACGGGCCCGACGGAGGCGUCCCAGAAGGACGAGGAAGGAAGCCCACCGUCGGUUACCGUGACGACGGGAGCAAAUGAUCCCCGUAGAGCUAGGGAGGUGGUGGAGAGCAGCUACAGUCCGCCGUCGAAGAUCGAAACCGUGCAGACACGGAACACGGAGCCGAGUUCUGAAGCGGACUUGACGACGUCCAGCGACAUCUGGGAGCGCAGGGAGUACUACCCUUCCCAGCAGAUGAGUAACGGCGGAAGCAGAAUGCGUGGCCGCGGGUUCUACGGGUACAACGACCAGCGGCACAGAGCUCCCGGUGGGUACCAGGAAGACUAUGGACACAGGAGGGGUGGAUUCGGUCACGAGUGGAGUCCGAGGCAGCCCAGGUACCAGAACUAUGGUGGUCCUCCGCAUCAUACCCGGGGUCCGUAUUACAACCCUCGCUACUGAGGAUGUACGGGGCUUGUACGGGGCUUGGACGUAGAGUGUGUAGCGCUGUACAUAGUGGAAAGAAGAAGAAAAAAAAUAUGUUCAUAAAGCAUCUAGUGAAGGGACUCUACUGGAGAAGCCAUGGCACGAACGCACUUGCACUUGGUGAAAUCAAGUGGCAAAGUGGUUCUCGCUGCACCAGUGGGUGUUACUUUUCCAACGUUGAGAAGCAGCAUCUGUUUCCUCUUUCCUGUCAAGUGCACAUGUGGAGGAGGGCUUUUAUGGAGCAACAGGAUGUUACGUUUUAUAACCUUACUUUCACUCGUCCUCUCACUGGGAAUCUGGUCGUUCAUCUGCAGAGAGCAAUUAUAUGCAAACUUUGAGUACAAGCUGUAACGAAGCUUAGAAAGCGUUAGAAAAUCGCAGUCUCUGUUUGCACCUUUCGAGUGCAGUCACUUUAGGUUCUGUUUAUGGUGCACAGGCCCGUUUUAUUUCACCAGGAUUGCUGUGAUGACACUUUUAUAUGUAGAAGUGAAUGCAAAAAAACCUUCACAGAGGUGUGCUGAGCUUUGACAUUUUUCCUUGCAGCAUGUUUUACGGCCGCCACCCUCCCCCCAUCCCAUUUAGUUUGUGUUGAUCAUACACAUUGCCAUUUUGUAUCACACAAGUUCGCUUUCCCGGGACAGGGGUACUUGUGGUGGUAUCAUGUGCGUUGUCGGUGUAAACUCAUAUGACGCAUAAAGUUUGUUUUCUCUCGUU